GCGUCUCCCACCCCCAGCAACGGUUUGUUUUGGCGCUUUUUGAGGUUAUGAUGCGCCGUUCCCAAUUUUAAAAAUUGUGUUUAAAAUGUACGUUGAAGACUUGAAACAUGACUUUUACGAAUUUCUCACAGGCAAACGAAUUUUGCUAAUGGUCCACUACGACAUCGACAGCAUUUGUGCUUGUAAAAUCCUCCAAAACUUGUUAAAAUACAAGGAAAUUCUCUACACACUAACCGUGAUCCGUGGCGUUGAGGACUUGAAGCGUUCUUACCGGGAAAACAGCACCGACGUGAAAUAUUUCGUCUUGAUAAAUUGUGGGGGCACUGUGAACCUUGUGGACUUGUUUGAGCCGGAAGAGGACGCGAUUUUCUUCAUUAUAGACUCACACAGACCCACACACUUGGAUAAUAUAUUCAGUGACGGGCAAGUGCGGUUGUUGUGGACCCCAGAGGAGGAUUCCGAAGUGCCUGAUUUUCAUUCAGUGUACCGUGACGAGAGUGAUGAAGAAAGCGGUGAAGAGCCCGAAAGUGAAGAAGGUGAUGAAAAUGAGGGGCGAGCAGCGAAAAAACGGAGAUUAAACGAAGAAGCGAUUUUGAAACGACGCGAGCGCCGCCUUUGGGAGGCCAAACGCUUUGAUAUCAUCGCAGAAUACUCCCAAUACACUUACUAUAACAAAGCUAGUGCUAUUGCAAUGUUCAAACUUGCCUGGUUUUUGAAUAAGGAUGAUAAAGAUUUGCUUUGGUUGGCAAUCGUGGCUAUAACGGAGCAGUUUCUUUUAGGGAAAAUUGAGAAUACGCAGUAUGUUCUAGCUGUGGGGGAAUUACAAGCGCAUUCGAAUCGGCUCAAAAACCGAUCUAGUGACAGUGACGGUUUAACCUCACUUAAAAUCACUUAUGAGAAAGAUUUGAAAUUAGUUUUGUAUAGACAUUGGACUGUUGAGGAGAGUCUCAAGUAUUCCAUGUAUACGGCGUGCAAAAUGAAGCUGUGGUCGCAUCGAGGGGGCAAGAAAUUGUACGAGUUGCUAGCGGAUAUGGGGUUGCCCUUGUCGCAAAGUCAACAGGCAUUCGAGUCGAUGGACCUCCAACUACGUAAAGAAUUCCAGGAAAGUAUUGAAAAAUUAUCGGAAAAAUACAAUCUAGAAGACUUAGUGUUUACGUCAUUUAUUUUACAAUAUGGCUACCGGAACAAAUACUGUGCGUCGGAUAUUGUGUACGCCAUGCUUGCAAUUUUAGAGUCAUCGUCGAGGGAAAAACCAGAAGAGUGUUUUAAUUCAGCCCUCGAUUGUCUCACUCGAAAUAAAAAAGAAGUGGUGCAAAAAGCAAUAGAACGUGCAAAAAUAAUCACAAAGACAAUUUAUAAGACUGUACAAGCGGCUAUUGAUAUGAAACAAAUAAUCACAGCAGGGAAUUUUGUCUAUUAUAUUAUACAAGAAGGUUGUCUAGACUGGUUUAUGUUUUCAAAUCAAUGUGUUUUAUUACUGUUGGCUCAAUUUAUAUUAAGGGCUUAUGUGUCAAUGUCACGGAACCGGAAAGCCCCCGAUUUACCUUUAAUUAUUUCAGCACCAAAAAAUCUAGAUUUAGGGACUUGUAUUAUCUUGGGGAUUCCCCCAUUAAGGCAAAAUUCCCCCAAAAAUAAUUUGGGCCGGGCCUUUGAGGAAGCAGCUGAAAAUAUAAAUUAUGAAGUCUUGUCGGAUUAUUUUGAUACUUCCUAUUUCGAGAUUAAUAUCAAGGACAGGACGAGGUUUUUUGACGCUUUGACAGCACUGUUUGACAAAUAAUAAGAAUAAUGUAGAUAAUUUUUUUAAUUUAUUUCAAUUCUUUGUAUAUAAUUGUGUUUUACACGUAAUUAAAUGCUACAAAACAAGCAACUGUA